AUGUUGAAUUGUUACUACCAACUGAUAGUUGACUACAUAGAUGCUCAAUUUGAGGCCUAUCUUCAAGAAGAACUGAAGAUCAAACGUUCCUUCUUUGAGUUCCAUGACUCUCGUAUCCAUGUGUGCCUUUACUUCAUUUCACCUACAGGACAUUCUUUGAAGUCCCUUGAUCUACUAACGAUGAAGAACAUUGACAAUAAGGUGAACAUUAUACCAGUGAUUGCCAAAGCUGAUACAAUUUCUAAAAAUGAUCUACAGACAUAUAAGAGUAAGAUAAUGAAUGAAUUGAUUAGCAAUGGCAUCCAGAUAUAUCAGUUCCCAACAGAUGAUGAAACUACUGCUCAGGUGAACUCCUCCAUGAAUGGACUGUUACCUUUUGCUGUGGUGGGAAGUAUGGAUGAAGUAAAAGUUGGGAAAAGGAUGAUCAGAGGCCGUCACUACCCUUGGGGAAUUUUGCAAGUGGAAAAUGAAAAUCACUCUGACUUUGUUAAACUCCGGAAUAUGCUUCUUUGUACCAAUAUGGAAAACCUGAAAGAACAAACUCACAGUCAGCAAUAUGAACGUUAUCGAUGCUGCAAACUUCAGAAAAUGGGCUUUGCAGAUGUGGGCCCAGACAACAAGCCAGUUAGUUUUCAAGAGGUCUAUGAAGCCAAAAGACAAGGGUUCUAUGAUCAAUGUCAAAGGGAAGAAGAAGAGUUGAAACAGAGAUUUAUGCAGAGAGUAAAGGAGAAAGAAACAACAUUUAAAGAAGCUGAAAAAGAGCUACAGGACAAGUUUGAUCAUCUUAAAAGGGUUCAACAAGAGGAAACAAUGAAACUUGAAGAAGAGAGAAGACAAUUGGAAGAAGAAAUAAUAGAUUUUAAUAAAAUGAAGGCUGCCACUGAAUCAUUACAGAUUCAGAUGUGCACCAAUAUAAAGAAGGACAAAGAUCGUAAGAAAUAG